AUAGAGAAAAGAUUUUCAUGAAGCAGACAAUCCACCUACAACAUAGACAUGGAUAAAGGAUUCAACCAUAGAAAGAUGUGCCAUGUGUUGAAAACUCAAGAAGAGAGGCGAUCUUCAAGACAAACAGCUCUGGUCAAACAGUGGGAAUUUGUAGAGUCAGACACCAGAGGUUUGGCCCAAGAAAGAGCCUUCCAAGAGCAGCUGCAACUCGGCCACCACGACCAAAUCAAAUUCAUAUGGUAUCAGAAGGAGAAUGCUGAAAGCUUACAGCAAGGAGACCAUGGAGAUGAGGAUGCAGAAGAAGAAAAUGAAUAUCUUCACCUUUAUGAUAGUCUAGAAGUUCACCCCCAAGACAAGAAGAAUCCCAUCCUGUUAGACACCAAACAUUUGGGAUCACAAAUAGAAGAAAAAGAAGAAAAAGGCCAGCUGCUCUCUGAUGACACCUAUUCUGACCUCCGCUAUGAUCCCAAUUGGAGGACCAACCUGAGGGGAGAGGGCCGCUUCAAUGAGAGUCCACAGAUUUCUGUCAAAGAGCCUUACCAAAACCCAGAAGAGCCAUCUAAUCAACGGUGUGAUGACAGAGGGGGAUUGGCCAUAAAAGGAGGCUACAGAUACAUUGUUGACACAAGUACUGCGUCUGUGUUGACUCCUCAUAUGGCUAGCAAUGAAUCUGAUCACUUGUAUCGCUUAUGCCCCCAAGAUGAUCAGACUAGCUCAGCAACAUCUCCCCAAUGCCUCAACAGUUCCACUAAAAAUCAAAAUGACAACACUUUGCAGAGAGGAUUCAGACAGAUGGGUGAAAAAAGCCUAGACAAUGUUGGUGAAAAUAUUAGCAUAACUUCUGAGCAGACAGAGGAAAUACAACCAAUGUACAUUCACAAAUUUCAGCCCUGCUACCAGCAAGAACUAAAACACACACAACAAGGACCCAUUCAAGCACAGCAAAGGAGCACAUCCCCACUGAUGAGUCCUAAGGUUUUGUCGAAUAAAAACCAACGUCCUCUGAUUGAGAACAAAGUGCAACACAACAUACUAACUCUGGGUCGUAUCACACCCAAAUGUGGAUCCUACGUGAAGGUGCACGCCCUUAAGCAGGAGAUACCUCAUCAAAAAAAGGUCGCCAAGAUCAGCAAAGGAAAGAAAGCCCAGCAGAAAGAAUACCCCAACCCCUCUCAGCAGCAACAGAAUCCUGCCCUGAGGGUCGAAGCAGAGCAUGGAGACUGUCUGCACUCCCAAUUAGCAAAAUCUGCCACUGUGAAUCAGACAAAACCACAGAAGACAACUUCAGCACAGCCUUUGCCCUCCACAGUCCACCUCAGCAUCCACCUCAAUACUGGAUCCCACCUACUUCCACUACUCCAGCAAAUGGGCCAGAAUGCCAUCAUCAACUUACCAUCUCUUCAUGAUCAUACUUAUAGGAGCUCUGCAUCUAAAGGUGCCUUGUCUCUGGCGUAUAGACAGACAACUCUAGAAAAGUCCAGCCACGUGUCUCGGAAAGGGUUAAAUGUACACCUUACCCACCAAAACUGGGAGAGUGGCCCUGAACAAUGGGAAAGGACAGAGGAAUUAAAAUGUCCAUCUUAUAAAGGAGAGGACCAGAGGUGGAGUCCAAAUGAAGCUUAUACAAAGCAAUUUGCACAAAAUUUGCCCAGGACACUUACGAGCACAUUAUCACAGGCCAUGGGCACCUCCACAGUUCUGCCUCCCAUAGGAAAGCCAAUAACAGGAAAAGGAACUGAGCCAAGCUGUAGUCACAGCUUGAACACAGCGUAUCCCGUCCAAAGAAGCAGCUCUGAUGGCUACCUGGUUCAGAUGGAGAAACAGAGGCAGAUGAGAGCAAAAGACACCGACAAGGCAUCUAGUGUGAAAGACUACAAACAGCUGAAGUCAGAUAUAAAAUUCCAAGGCCUCAACCCUGACUGCACAACCAUUGAAAAGACAAAACUGAAACGACAGAAGCUGUAUUCAAAUGUGAUCCGUGAGCAGAACAAAAAGCUAAGUAGGAUUCCCUUUCCUCGGACCAAGGACCAAAAAGACUGUGACAAGAAAGUUCCCAGGAUGAAGGCUUUGGAAUAUGUCAAGACCAUAGCCAAACCCCCUGUCCAGUCUCAACCAAAACCGAAGCAGAGAAACCAGUCUGAAGGCAUCAUUGAGCAUGCUCCUUUCAUGAAGGGCUUGGAUGUUUCCCACCUGGCCACACUGCAGCUCCUUAGAAAACGGCAUGAAGAAGAAAAGCAGUGUGUGGCGCUCUUUACAAAACAACAUGCUGUCUGACAGAAGGUUCAGUUCACGUAGCCUGCAGACAUGCAGUCUGUGGUUGGUAAUUGCACUCCUAGGUAUAGGACACAACAUAUCUCUAUGUACAUUUUCAGUCAUUUUCCAAAAUAAUUAUGAUAAGAUGGAUAAAGAUAACUUCUGAGGAUGAGGAGAACGCCUGCCUUGGUGUUUCUUUUAACACUGUGUCAUCAGGUCAAAAAUUCACUUGACUGCUUUACUGCAAAGGCAGAGGGUGCUAUUCUCUCAGCACAAGCAGACAUCAAGGUCUCUAAGCUUCUGGUUAUGAUAGAUGGUGAAAAGAGAUAAACCAUUAGUAAGAUGUCUUUGCUAAACGUAUUUAUUUUUUUGUAUUUGGCCUUGUUUUCUGGAAUGGAUCACACCACUGUCAAAGAUAUGUAUAUUAGUGUUUCAAACAUAAAUGACAAAGAAAUUGAAUCAAUAGGCAAUUUAAUUGGUGUUUUAGUUAGAUGUUAGUAGUCGCACUUAUAUGAUUUUAUUGUAGGGAAUGCUACACUGUUUUUGUAGAAGGGACAGGUGAUUCUCAUACUGUCAGCCAGGUAUAACCAAGUGAGAGGAGACAAACUGAAAAUACGUCUAAAAUAACAAUAAAACAAAAAACUGGAACAGUUUGCGCACUCA